AUGACUGACCAUAAAGAGCGAGGAUGUCUUUUUCCAUUUCAGAUAAUUGAGAAAGCAUUGAAUCUGCUUUUGGGUAAAACAUUUUCUAAAAAUGAUCAUGAUAACUCAGAUAGACCAAAUAAACCUAAGCCAAAACCUCCUGUACCAAUUAAUAAUGAGAUUACUAGACCUCUAUUAAUCGCUAGAUUUGAUAAUAUAAAGUAUGAAUUAUGUGGUAAAAAGAUAGUUUUGGAUAGUAUUACAUUAAUUGGGUGUCAUACUAAACCUAGCAAUGCAUAUAAUGAAAUGAUGAAAUUAAUAGAAAAAGUUUACUCUAGUGUACUCAAGGAGUUUAUAGAAAACCUAGUAAUUAUUUUAGAUGAUCUUAAUGCAAACUUUACUAGAAAAUUAACAUCAGAGUUUAAUGAAGGGUUAAUAAGAAAAGGUUUAGUAUAUAGUAUAG